AUGAAAGGUUUCUCUGGAGUUGUGGUGUUUCUGUUCUUAUUUGUUACGGUAUCUUUAGGGAGUCGCGAAAGUUUAACAAAUAUUACAUCGAAGAGACUAGUUCCAGGAGGUUCAGACAAUGCAACAUCUCCAUCUAAUCCACCAGGGUUUGUAACUGACAUUGAAAUGAAGAGAUUGGUUCCACGAGGUCCAAACAAUCAGACAUCUCCACCUACUCCGCCUCCUUCAAUAGCAAAUAUCGAAAUGAAGAGAUUGGUUCCAAGAGGUCCAAACAAUCAGACAUCUUCACCUACCCCACCUUCUUCAAUAGCAAAUAUUGAAAUGAAGAGAUUGGUUCCAAGAGGUCCAAACAAUCAGACAUCUCCACCAACCCCACCUCCUUCAAUAGCAAAUAUCGAAAUGAAGAAAUUGGCAAUGAAGAGACUGGUUCCAAGAGGUCCAAACAAUCAGACAUCUCCACCUACCCCGCCUCCUUCAACAGCAAAUAUUGAAAUGAAAAGAAGAGUUCCAAGAGGUCCAAACAAUCAGACGUCUCCACCUACCCCACCAACAAAUAUUGAAAUGAAAAGAUUUGCAAUGAAGAGACUAGUUCCAAGAGGUCCAAACAAUCAGACAUCUCCACCUACCCCACCGACAAAUAUUGAAAUGAAGAGACGGGUUCCAAGAGGUCCAAACAAUCAAACAUCUCCACCUACCCCGCCAGCCUUUUAG